AUGGCUUUCCAUCAGCCGACCCGUCAGUCCAUCCAGCGCGUCGUACAACCGACGGUCGAAGAGCGGGAGGCUGCGCGGCUGGACACAUCCGCUGGCCAAGAACAGCGGCAGGAGGAGUCGCAAACAUGGGUUCUCUUCGCGCCCACUGACGUGACGACCACGUCGUACCUCACAGAGACCGAGCAAUCACUGGAGACGCCCGGACAGGAGCGAGCGAGCAUCUUGGGCGGCGUAAGAGCAGCUGCGACAUCGGAGGUUGGUGCCAACUCUCGACAAUCCACUUCUCUCUCCGCCGUGGACGAUGAAUCCGCCGACGACGACGCCGAGCUUGACAGCCUCGACAGCCACUUACCUGAGUUCCGCUCUUUGCCCGGAAUUUUCUCCCAAUCACAUAAUGAACCCCAGGAGGCUUUGCCUGUGUUUCCCAGCCACGAUGGACUGGGGUCUUUCCGGCUAGAUCAGCCGGCUUUGGGAGUGGAUGCACAGGACCAGAUAUAUCAGUUUGAGCGGUUCAACCCGCGGCGCCUACGACGGCGCAGAGAGAGCCUUGAUCUGGCCCAGCUGGAUCUAGAACACGACCAGGUUCAGGAGACUGAGAAACGGCAGAGGAUCGAGGCGUGGCGAUUAGAACACAGCCGCGUGCUCCUGAGUGAAAUCCAACGGGAAACGCGCCGGAGGCGGCAUUCUCAAGCAUCACUUCACAGACGCUCAUCGUCAACACCUAUGCCGAUUGUCUCGAAACCAGCUCAAGAUGCCGAGUCAGACAAUAUGACCUGGCAUGACGAGGAUGCCGUCCAGCCUCACUCAGAGUCUGAGGGCUUCCUCACUCGAAUCACCCGCAAGGUCAUGCGAGACUUGGGCAUCGACGACAGAUUGUUAUCGAUUUUGCUGGGAGAUGCUACCCCCGAUACCGAUGAGGAGUUGGCAGCAACACCCCGCGCUUCCCAGUUGGGUGUGCACCCCCCGCAACCAUCGAAUCCUGAGUCUUGGCAACUUGAUAUGCUCGAACGGAUGUCGAGAGAAUUGGGCAUGCUUGUGAGCCAUCUCUCUCAUCACCCGGGAGCCUUUUCCACAUACAACAUGGUGCAGCAAAUGUCUCUGCCCUACGCCGGCCUUCCCAUCAUCCCAGAGUCCAAUAUGUCACAUUCCGCCGCAGACAACAUCCCUCCUAACACCGACCCUGAACACUCAUCAUUCCCUCAGUUCCAGCCAACCAUGAAGACGGCCUCUCGACCGAUCAACAUCCCUGGCCGACUAGCCGAACCAUCCGCCGACCCGGUGCAGGCACCGCGACAGGAUGUCCCUAUGGGCAACGCCUUCACCCAAGAGGAGUGGGAGAAAGACCUGGACAUGAAGCUCGUGUUCCGAUAUCUCCGGUCCCGGUUCAUGUCGUCCCGGACCCCCAACCCCCCUGCGCCGCCCGGAACAGCGCACCUGGCAACGCCGAGCGCACAGGAACUCGCAGCCAAACUGGCCCGUGUGCGGCAACACCACCCGCUCGUAUCACGGAUGCGCCCAGUGGAGCGGAGGACGUUCAAGGCGACGACACCCACCAGCCCUGUCGCAUUGCGGCACCAGAGCAGUUGCGCGAGUCAGAGCACGAGGCGAUCGGCUCGGCGGAGCAGCGUCUCGUCCCGACAUUACUGGGAUAUUGGGGGCUCGUUGGGAACUGGCUCCGUGAUCGCUUCGAACGGCCCGAUGGGUAGUUGGGGCGAAGUGUAA